GUUUGAAAGAGAAUCCGGUGACUUGACGCACAGCACGGCACGCCGUACCCGACAGGACUUCCUUGCCGAAACUCCUGAGACUUCAGUCUGAACUGCGAGGCCGAGGUUGCUGAAGCGCCUGCUCUCCACCGCGCCGCGUCCGCGCGUCGACCCCCGCCUUUCCAUGGCGGAGGAGGGUCUGGCGCCGUCGGCGGAGAUCGCCAUCGGUGCACGCUUUGGGCCGCAGGAUGAUCAGUAUGAGAUUGGAAAACAAUUGGGUCACGGCGCGGCUUCACAAGUUUUUUCCUGCAGGCGCCUCCGCGAUGGUGAGGAACUGGCAGUGAAGACGGUGGACCUACGACGGCUCUGUCUACUGGGCGACAUGCAGGAGCAGCUGGGCCGCCUUGAUAGUGAGGUGGGGAUUCUACAGGAACUUCACCAUGAGAGGAUUGUGAAUUUGCAAAGCUUCCACAAGAGCGAGAAUUGGUACUUUCUGAUCAUGGAGUUGGUUGGUGGGGGCGAACUUUUCGACGUCAUCGUCCGAAACAAGUCCCUCAACGAGAUGGAAGCGAGACACAUUUUCAUGCAGCUCUUAGAGGGUGUCGGCUACAUGCAUUCGAGAGGUGUAAUUCACCGCGACCUGAAGCCGGAAAACAUCCUGGUGGCCAGUUCCAGGCCCCAUGCGGACGGCCAGCUGUAUGACGUCAAGAUCGCCGACUUCGGACUCUCGAAGGCCAUUGGCGGAGGUGCCUCCUUAGCCCGCACGCGCGUGGGAACGCCUCAGUACUGGGCACCUGAGGUGCUAGAUGUGCAGAAAAGGGGUGGUUCCUACGACCAAGCAGCUGAUUUUUGGGGCCUGGGGGCUGUGCUCUUCGUCAUGCUGUGUGGACGCUACCCUUUUGAUGGGCAAAAGCAACCGCUGGACGAUCAAAUUCGCACGGCGUCUUAUUGCAUGUCAGGCUCACGGUGGCGAGGCAUUUCGGAAGCCGCCAAGAGCCUGGUUCGCGGACUCUUGCGGGUGAACCCUGUGGACAGGCUGUCAUUGGAGGAGUGCUUGAAUCAUCCCUGGGUCACAGGGCAGCCGAUGCUGCCCAAGACACAUUUGAUGCCGACGGCUCCUGUGAAGUGGGACAUGCCUGGGGAACGGCCCAUGGCUGUCAUUGCGGAGCACACGGCGACGGAUGUCCACCUCUUAAAGGUGGUUUCAGGCUCAGGUGAGACCGAGGUCGAGAAAACGGAGCGAGCAGCUUCAACGAGCUGCUGCAGUGUUUCCGAUUCGGACCUUGGGAAAAGCUGCAGCCGUGUCGUGAGUUCUCCAAGUAGUCCUGGACCUCAUGCCACGCAGCGGCAGGGUCCACUGAACCUGGCUCCCUUUGGAGUUGCCGCCAUGUCCUUCUUCUGGAGGAAAGACAUGCGGGCCCGGCGUUGGACGUGGGCCGCUCUACUGUUGUUGGCCAUGCUCUUCUGGGGCGCUCAGCGGAUCAGUCAACGCGAUCCCCGCGACAAGCUGUUGCCCGCUGAGGUGCAUAUGAUGAACCGUCCCGGCCUGGACAAGCCCACGGAUUUCAACAACCUCAGCGCUGAAGGAGAGGAGAAGAACUUGUUGGCUGCGUUGGACCAGUCGCCGUUCUUCUACUUCGCUGGUUUGGAUCGACCGGCCGAUGCGUUGCUGCUAGAUGCAGGGGCCAAGGAUCCCUACCAGCAAUCAGGAAGCCUCUUCCGUUUGUCCGAAUUGCUCAAGCUCCAGAUCUCCAUCGCAGGCUCACUGGAGAUGGCAAACUUGGCCGUGCGGCAUGUCGACACCGAGCUAGCCGAAGCUACGCGGCAUGCCUACCAGCAGGCGCGGGAGCUCUUCAAAAACGCUGCAGAGGUCGUUAGUCGCUAUGCCGAGGUGGCUGGACAAGUGAGCCACUCAGUGCUGCCUGAUCUGCAGCUGGCAGUGGACGAGCAGGCACCUGCCCUUGCCGCGGACCUGUUGGAGAUGUUGAAGAAUUGGGUGACGGACAUGAAGAAAGACAGCGAUGUAAUUCGAACCAACUAUGGAGCGCUGCAGAGCACCAUCGGCUCCUUGGCGGAUCGUGCCCUGCAGAGCAAGCAGCAGGCGGAUGUGAAGCUGGCACAGGCCGUGGCCAACGUGCAGGAGGCCAUGAUGUCUGAGAAUGCCACUGAGAAAGGAAGCUGUGCCUAUCAGACAGAGCCACAAUUUCAGGUGGCCACCAGGACAGAGGAGGCGGGCCGUCAGCCCGUCUCCGAUGUUGACACGGCAGCGAGCAGUUGGGUCAACUUCGAAAGUAGUGUGUCGAACUGGCUACCCAGCAGCUCCGAAUUCAAUAGGUCAGACAUGGCACUGGUGCCAUACCAACCUGUGGCCAAUGGUGCAGAUGCCAAGGCGGCCGCGGAGCGGGCGGCAAGCAGUUCCAAGCAGCUGCUCAGAGCCUUGCACGAGUUGAGGCGAGUCGAUUCAAUCCUCGAGGGAUGCUAUGUCUUUUGGGCCAACAUGGAUGGCACAGUGCAGAAACUGGGUCAGAUGAAGGAGCAUGCCGAGCGCAUGGUGUCCUUUGCGUCCAGAACACCCAAGAUCAAGGAGCGGUUUGGACAACGAUUGAAGGAGUACGGCAUGUUUUGGUCGGACUUGGAACAGCUCUGCAGGAAAUACAGUUCAGAUCAUCAUGCUGCCUCCGCAAAGAUGAGAGAAGUGGUUCGAGAGGUGUCCUUUGCUGCUGACAUCCGCGACACACAUCAGAGCGUUGAUGCUGGCGUGCGUGCCGCCCAGAGAUCAGGAGCCUUCGCUGCCGAGGCUUCCGCCUCGCCCUCGGGCGACGUGGUCGCCAGCGAUUUUCCCAGCGGCUGACCCGGCGGCGUGGCAAGGUAAACGCGACGCAGG